CAGAGAAGUCUUGCCGAGGCCCGACCGAACUUUGAUCAAUAUCAUCCAGAGAAGCUUGCCGAGGCCCGACCGAACUUUGAUCAAUAUCAUCCAGAGAAGCUUGCCGAGGCCCGACCGAACUUUGAUCAAUAUCAUCCAGAGAAGCUUGCCGAGGCUCGACCGAACUUUGAUCAAUAUCAUCCAGAGAAGCUUGCCGAGGCCCGACCGAACUUUGAUCAAUAUCAUCCAGAGAAGCUUGCCGAGGCCCGACCGAACUUUGAUCAAUAUCAUCCAGAGAAGCUUUGCCGAGGCCCGACCGAACUU